CCGCGCCGCACCCCUAAAGCAGAGGCCAAAACCCGCCGACGCGCAGGUCAGUGGCCACGACUACACACGGGCGCCAAAGCACACGCCGAGGAGCGGGGCUGAGCGCGGCGCGGCCGGCCGGCCAUGUCCACGCCCCACCGCCGCCUUGCCACCACCUCCCCGUCCCUCCGCUUCCUCGGCCUCCUCAAGCAGCCCGACGAUGCCAGCGCCGACGCCCAGGAGCUCGAGUUCGACGAGCGCGACGUCGUCUGGUCGUCCAGCACGACAACCUCCUCGACCUCCGCCGCCUCCUCGCCGUCCCCCACUCAGUCCCUGUCCGCCGGCCUCGGCCGGCGGCCCAUAUCGACAUCGUCCUGCCACUUCCCCGCCGGCAACGUCGGCCUCUCCGCGCUCCUCGCCGACGACCACGCACCCACCGCGCCCGUCCCGGCCGCGUCCCGCCCGGAGAGGCAGCAGCCCCCGCAGCCGUACCACCAGUCGGCGCCGGUCGCCGUGCCGGCCUGGCCCAAGGGGAGGACGACGACGAUGGACAGGCGUCGCCGGGAGGUUGAGCAGGAGGCCGACGACGACGGCGAGCUGGUGGUGCCGCCGCACGAGAUGGCCUCGCGGCGCGCCGCGGCGGCGUCGUCGGUGAUGGUGGGCGCCGGGCGCACGCUCAAGGGUCGCGACCUCCGCCGCGUGCGCAACGCCGUGUGGCGCACCACCGGCUUCCUCGACCUGUGAAAAAGGACACUCCACUCGAGCUGUUGGGCAGCUGCUUCUUGCUUAGUGCUGCGUGUGUUCGGUUUCGGUGCUGAAAAAGUUGGAGGUUUCGGUGCUUGAGUAUUUUGCAUGGAAAAAACUUAGGCCGAGAUAGGCGAUUAAAUGUGGUGAAUAGAUAUUUUAUAGUAUUUUUAGAAAUAUAUGGUUUUUUUUUCGCCUAA